UUAGUUCAAGAACCUUUUGAACUUUCUGAUUCCAAUAAAUCAACACCUACCAGUGUUGCUCCUCUUUACAUUCCACAAUAUAAAAGUCAAGAUUUUGAUGUGCUUUAUGCGAAAUUUGCUAAAAUGUUUUCUAAUGUUCGCAAAGUUAUUUCUAAAUGUCCGCCUUCUUUAGAAGAUAUUAAGACAUUCAUUGAAGAUUUUGACUCUGACCUUGAAGCAGAAUUGAAUACAAUAAAUAAUCUUCAAGGUGUCAUGCGUCUCAUUAGGAAAAAAUGCAGUCUUGCUAAUAUUGUCAUCCUUGAAGCUGUUGUUGAGCACUUUGAGAUUGAUGAUGCUCAGAAAUACAUCGAUGAUUACAAGAGGGAAAUUGAUGAAUCAUGUCGUAAUUUAUCAGUUGAUUUGUGCUUGAAUGAACCGUUUGAUAUAGUUAGGGCCAGUCCUCCUCUUAAAUGUGAAACAGCUACUUAUGUGCUUGGAUGGGAAGCUACUGAGCAUAAGCUAAAGGACGUUACGGAUAUUGUAUCGAAAUCUUCUGGCAAAUUUGUUAAGCUGGUCAACAUCAAAAGCAUUCAAUCCAUCACCAUCACUUGCUCCUUCCCUCAUUCUCUCACUGGAGCUCUCAUUAUAAAAUUGAGUGAGAAUCUUGAAUUAUUAAUAAAGAAUGGUCUAAUGAAGCUUACUGUUGGAUACUGCACAAUAUGGAAGAAACAAAACAUAGAAGAAAUACAGGAACCACUGGAAGAGGAGAGGCAGAAAGAGCUAAAAGAAACUGCACAGCAACUAACAAACAUAAUUAGUGAAAAAGAAAAGGAAUUGUAUGAAAUGAAGAAAAAAAUACAAGAACUGUCAUUAAUGAAUAAAAAUAAGUUGAGUUAUCAACCAUUGCUACUGAUAAUG